AUGAGAAAUAGAUAUGAAUAGUAUUAUGAAACCAAAAACUAAUUGCUUGGAUAAGGUGCAUUUUCUUAAGUGUUUUUGGGUGUCAAAAAAUCUAAUUAAUAAAAAGUUGCUGUCAAAAUUAGUAAUAGAAAUCUUGCUAUCUCUUAACAGGAGAAAAUGAUCUUAAAACAAUUAUCUUUAUUUAAGCAUCAAAAUGUAGUUUAAUUGCUCGAUAUUUUUGAUUAACCAGAAGCCUUAUUUAUAGUUUCAGAAUAUUGUCCUGGUGGUACAUUAUAUGAAAUGAUGACAACUAAGUCAUUUACUGAAGAAUAAAUAGUCAAUAUAGCUCUUUAAAUUGCUAAUGGAUUGGCCUUUUUACAUAGUAAAAAUAUUGUCCACAGAGAUAUUAAGCCUGAGAAUAUUUUAAGAUAUGUCGAUGAACAAGGAGUUGAGAUCUAUAAAAUAACAGAUUUUGGUUUAAGCAGCGUAAAAUUAGAUAGAAUGACUACAACAAAAGUUGGAACAGCAUAUUAUGUAGCUCCAGAAAUAUUAGAAAAAUAACAAUAUGAUAAAUCUGUAGAUAUUUGGGCUUUAGGCUUAAUAAUUGAUGAGUUGAUUCAUAAAACACCCUUUUAUAAUGGAUUAACUGAAGAAGAGGUAUUCGGCAAGAUAAGAGCCAUUAGUUAUAUUAUAAGAGAUAGUUAAUAUGCAAAACCUGCAAUUUUUGAUACCAAAAAGAAUGUGAUUAAAAAUAUAUUGGUUAAUUCUAUCCAAAAGGAUCCUAAAUUAAGGAAAGAUUUAUCUUGGAUUAUAUAGACUUUAAGUGAGUAUUAUUAACAAAGCCCAAAUAUUAGUUUCAAAAAAGAUUAUAGAAAUUUAUCUCUCUAAUCUCAAACUACUUCAUGUGAAUAACCAUAAAUGUUUCAAAUACCAACAUACUCUGCUGAUUAGUAAUAAACAGAGGAAUGUCAAUAUCAUUAAUAACCAAUCAAAUAUAAAAUUUUAGGAAACGAUGAAAAUGCUAUUUUUAAUGCUUGUCAAAAAUGCCUAUAAAUUUAUGGGGUUUUUGAUCAAGUAGAAUUUUAAUAAUAUUUGGAAUAGACUAAUGUUGAAUUGAUUAGUUUCUCAGUGGACUUUUAUUUCUCUUAAAAUGAAAUUAUCAUUGAAGCGCUUAAAUUCCUUAAUUAAUUUAAAUUAUUCUCAGAGAAGGAGAAACUAAUUUCUGAAUUGAGAAACAUAGUUAUCAAACACAAUAAAAUAUUGAGGCAGGAGUAUAUUUAAUAUCAAGACGAUGUAUAAUCAAUGAAUAUUAAUGCAAAGUGGAUAAACGAUGCCUUAAAAAUGAAUUAGACAAUUUCUAAAGACAUGCCAAAUAAAAUAAUUCUAUACUUAAUAACUAAAUGUCAAGAGAGGAAGGAUAUAUCACUUAUAGAAUGUAGAGAAUUCAUCAAAGAAUAACUUAAAUCACUAUAAUAAUACAUAGUUUCUUUAUUAUGA